AUGGUUCCAAAUACGGUUCGUGUUGCAGUAGGAAUCCUAGGAAAUGCUGCUUCCAUGCUCCUCUACACAGCCCCUAUAUUGACGUUCAGAAGGGUGGUGAAGAAGGGCAACGUGGAGGAAUUCUCAUGCGUGCCAUACAUCCUAGCGCUGCUCAACUGCCUCCUGUACACCUGGUACGGGCUUCCGGUAGUGAGCUCCGGAUGGGAGAACUUGCCCGUUGCCACCAUCAACGGGCUGGGCAUCCUGCUGGAGAUCACGUUCAUCGGCAUAUACAGGUUUGCCUUGCAGCUUGUGCUUCCUGUGCUAGCGCUGUUUGCCUUGGCAGCGGCUUUGUCGAGCUUUAUGGCGCAUACGCACCACAUGCGCAAGGUUUUUGUGGGGAGUGUUGGUCUGGUGGCUUCCAUAUCCAUGUACAGCUCUCCAAUGGUGGCAGCUAAGCGAGUCAUAGCGACGAAAAGCGUGGAGUUCAUGCCGUUCUACCUGUCGCUGUUCUCCUUCCUGUCCAGCGCUCUCUGGAUGAUAUACGGGCUCCUAGGGAGGGACUUUUUCAUCGCGUCGCCAAACUUCAUCGGCGUUCCGAUGGGCAUGCUUCAGCUGCUGCUGUACUGCAUCUACAGGAGAGGCGACGGGGCAACAGCUGAAGCAGAGGUGCGUGUGCAUGGCGCCGCCGCUGAUCAGGAGAAGGGCCUGAAAGCAGCGGUGCCGAUAGCCGUGCAGGUGCAGCCGCAGGAGACAGCUGCAAGCAGUAGGGUCAAUCAAAAUGUCUUAAAUCAAAAUCACCUGUGA